UACGGUUCGCUGGGCUGAGUCUGAUGUUUCAGUGUUUCACCAUCCAGCCCCUAAGCAACGGGCGCCCUGCAUAUAAGGCCUGAAGUGGGGGGACACCCCUCCAUACAGAGAGUGAACCAUCGCAGCAUGAGCAGCACCAGGGGACAGAGAGUGUGGAGUUAAAACAUGCCCAGCCUAAUCAUCACAGAGACACUGACACAAACACAGCACUUCAAUAUGGAGCCGGACGACAGGAGGAGGAACAAGAACCUGGGAAAGAACUUUAUGUGCCGGCUGCAAUGCAUGUUCUCACACUCCACAUCUGAGAGCAGGCUAAGUUUAGAAGAUACCCAACAAUGGUCUCAGUCAAUGGAGAGACUCCUCGAGUCUAAAUAUGGUCUGGCCACCUUCAGAACCUUUCUGAAGUCUGAAUUCAGUGAUGAGAACAUUGAGUUCUGGCUGACGUGUGAGGAGUACAAGAAAAUUAACUCUUCGUUCAGAAUGUCAUCGAAGGCAAAGAAAAUCUAUGAGCAGUUCAUAAAGGCUGAGGCUCCUAAAGAGAUAAACAUUGACUACUACACAAGGGAGCAGAUCAAGAGGGCUGUGAAGACUCCUACCCUCCAAUGCUUCGAAGAUGCCCAGAAGAUUGUCUAUGGGCUGAUGGAGAGAGACUCGUACCCUCGCUUCCUGCGCUCAGACAUUUACAGAUCCCUCUUGGAGUCCCUCGCCUCUGACGCCAUCAAGGGAUGAUAGGAGAGGAGAAGACGACAGGAGAACAUGAAAACAGUAACUGGAAUGUUUGUGCUUCUACAGGAUGGAAGGCUGACCAAGCACAGAGAGACUGACAUGCCUGUGUCCCUACAAAACAUGGUCCCCACAAUGCAGGACCACACCCUGAAACACUCUGCAAGCAGGAUUAGCCAAGAGAAAAAUAAAGAAGCAAAGACAUAAGGAAAGGCAGAGAGGAUAUGGGAAACUCUAUGGCGCUGUGUGUUUGAACUGGAUGCUGCCGUCCUAUCUGUGACUCUGGGAGUGACAUGUCGUAUCAUAGGUGAUCAGAUCGUCUUUGACAGUGAAUGAAUCACAGAGUGAAUGACGAUUGAACUGAAACACAACGUCAGCGAACCAUGCAGUCCCCACUCAACCGGAGGUGCUUCCUGUCUUGAAAAAGACUGUGUGUGGGUGCGUGUGUGUGUGUGUGUGUGUGCGUGUGUGUGCGUGUGCGUGUGUGCGUGCGUGUGUCUGUGUGUGUGUGUGUGUAACAGGAUGCCUAUGAUACUGUGAUAAGACAUGAGAUGCAGGGUGGACUUUCACUAGCAGUACUAACCUACGUGGUCUGGAGGAAUGUAAGGAAGGAAAGAGCAUGUAUACCGGCCCAACAGAAUAUACUUUCCUUUACACUAUGAACAUUUCGUCUCUAAAGUCAGUCAAGUUUCUGAAAGGCGUUUGGAUCUUUAGACUUGUAAGGCAGUUAAAGACUUCUUACACUGUCUAUAAUUUAAUAAUGACCUAUUGAGAAGUAGAGGUUAAGUUGUGUGAGUGUAGAGAGAAGAGUAGUAUAUUUUCCACUUUGUAUAUUGAACUUCUUUGAUACAGAACGUUUCUGAUUGCACAAUAGAAUGUUUAUUAGUUAAGAUUUGCAUUUUGUACUAUUUAUAACAUACAGUCCCUGUUUGGAUGCUGACUUUGCAAUGUUUGUAAAAAAUGUAAUGAUUAUGUAGGAUGCCAUUAAAUUAUUAAAUUAUUUGCA